AUGAUUCUGUCGUCGUUGUCGUUAUCGCUUUCGUCAAUUUUAUUGUUAUCAUCAAAAACGGUGCAAUUUCCGGAAAAAAGAUUAUUUUUUUCUGUAUUCCUAAUUUUGCCAUCACUAUGUUUGGCCACCGUUACCCAACAUCCUGCAAUUUCGGAUACAGCGAAUAUUCAAUUAAAUUCUGGUGUAGGAGCUCAAAUACCGGGCAUUACUGGUCACAAUUUGGGUACCGCUGCUGUACAAGUUCCCUCCAAAACAAUAGUAAAGAGUGAAAAUUCUAUCACACGCCAACAUCAUUGCCCGACGAAUACAUUCCGAUGUGGUGAUGGUUCCUGCAUUCCUCAAGAUUGGAUUAAUGAUGGUGAAGCCGAUUGUCAGGAUUUAUCAGAUGAGAAGAUUCGAACUACUACAACACUUAUUCAACAAACUACGUUCAGUGAAAGUACUGAAUAUCCUAUUACCACCGAAGAAACCUUCGAUGAUCCAUUCGAUCACUUUGUCACAUUUCCAUCCAUUGAUCAAUCACCGUUUUCGAUCUCAUCAUUAGUACAACAUGACGAAACAAGAAGUUAUUCAUUAAAUCAUGGUUGCUCCAAUAUUAUACAAACACGAGUAAAUCAAUGCUCUACAGAUCUUACCGAUUGGUUCAAGAAUUUGGAUCACAUUGAUUUAACAAAUUCAUCUAUGCUAAAUGAUGAAACGAGGUAA